AUGUUGUUCGUCCUCGCACUACCACUCCUCUUCCUAGCUGGUUUCAACGCUGAAGCAGAACCAACAACGAAGAUUCCGGACCUCGUGAAGCAAAUCGGAACGGACGUGUUCGUGGAGAUAAAUAAACAUUGGAACGAAUUCAUGGAAUGGGAUGAAGGAUUGUCUGGCUUUGCAUUGGUAGAAUCAGUGAAGCCGGACACGAUGGCAACUCCGCAAGAGAUAGGCUGGAAGAAGAUAAGAGCGAACAGGACGUUCAAUGGCGACUACAGAAACGUCACGGUCAAGGUGAAAGAAACCUUGGAGGAGGCCUUCAAAAAAGAGGGCCCCGAAGUCAAAAAACUUCGUCGGGGUACAACUUACGGAUGUAAUGGUGUUUUCUAUGAGUGGGCAACGACGGCGCAAUGA